CAUGGCGCAGAGCGCGCAGCAGAAGUCGCUAGAAACGGAUCUCCGAGGAUGCGUCACCGCGUGCCAGUGAGUAGAACUCAGGCACGCGCUGACUCUCGUGCAUGUUGACAGUGCGUUAAGCAGCUAGCUUCCUUUUAUGCGUUCGCUUUAAAUUUACAGCGUAGAUCCAGUGCACUACCUGAGGCGAGAAGGGACGACGAAGAUUUUGGUGCAAACAGAAAGAUAUUAACAUGCAACCAGCAACUGGCAAGUGGUAUGACAGACGAGGGGCGGUCUUCAUUGAAUUCUGUAUAGAAGACAGUAAAGAUGUCCAAAUUAAAUUUGACAAAACAAAGCUUGAUUUCAGUUGUGUCGGUGGAACAGACAACAUGAAACACCAUAAUCAAGUAGAACUAUUUGAAUCCAUUGACCCAAAUGAGUCUAAACACAAACGCACAGACAGGUCUGUGUUUUGCUUUCUAAGAAAAGCAGAAUCUGGCAAAGCUUGGCCAAGAUUAACGAAAGAGAAAGCGAAGCUUAACUGGCUCAGUGUGGACUUCAAUAACUGGAAAGACUGGGAAGAUGAUUCAGAUGAAGAAUUGUCGAGUUUUGACCGCUUUUCAGAGAUGAUGAACAACAUGGGAGGAGAAGAUGACUUGCCAGAUGUGGGUGGUGCAGAUGAUGAAGAGUCUGCAGAUAGUGAUGAUGAAAAAAUGCCAGACCUCGAGUGAAGGAACAGGAAACCAUCAUAUUGAAGAAAGCAAGAGUUUAACUUAAGUUAAAGUAAGAGAUACUAGGUUUAAGUUGGUAGCCAUUUAAAAACUGAAUCAUUUUUGAGACUGUUUUUCAAGGUCUUUGUGCAGAAAGUCACAAGGAAUGAAUUUUUACUGUUGUGUUGAUGGCAACCUCAACCCCUCGACAAUAUACACUCUUUUCUGUUCUGCAUGGACAAUUAUUAUGAGCUCUCCAUCUUGUAUUGUGGAAACCAUGAAUGCUCAGUUUUUCAACGAUGGCUUUUACAGUCUUGAGCUCUUUCCUCUGUGUCAGUCGGGUUAUUGCAUCCUAUUACGCAUACAUUAUAAUUCGUAGUUAUGGAAAGGACGUGAAUGACCUUUUUGACAUUUUCUGCUUACAUGACCUCUGUCAAAUUGUACAUUUUAUUUAAUUCUGUUGUUGUGUGUGUGCGCACGUGUGGAGGCUCAGAUUUCCUUGCGUUUGAAUGAAGCAAGCAUUGUGUUAAGGCACAAGCUUCUCAAGUAUCCCCUAAUGCCAUCCAAAACAUGUGCCGCAUUUGAAAUGAGCGUAUUCAAAGUUUCAUCUGUAAACUCGUUUUAUGUGUUUUUAGCUGCGGUUUUGAUCUUCAGGUAGGUUUGUAUCAAUCCAACAUGUUCAAAGUACAUAAUCCUGUCUGUAGACACCGCAUUAUCAAAUUAUUUCAGGAUGAAAAUUAGUAUUUGUUGUUUUGUAUCACAUUUAGCCGGCACUUCUACACUGGUUUCUUCCAUAUAUGUCAAAAGUGAUAAAAAAAGCAUACACCUCACCUCUGUACUGAACAAAAGAGUAACUUAUCAACAGAUGACCAAUUUGUGUUUGCACUCUAAAUAUAAAUGCAGGUGUGACUAAAAGAUUAAAACAAUGUUGUGACCUGUCA